AUGGUUGCUAUCCAAGGGAUUCGUCAAGACGUGCAGCGUUACUGCUUCAUCUCCACAUCUGCACAUCUGGGGUCCCAUUGCUGUGGUCGAUGCUUUCGUGAACAUGAAUUCCAACAGCUCCACCGCGCACGUUGCUGUGAUCCAAGCUUUACCAUCGCUCUUGUCAACGCCGUUAUAGGAGCUCACAGCUUUUCACAACCCUGCAUGAAAACCUUGGACAAUGGCUCAGAUGGUAACACAUGGUAUCUCCUUUAUGCAUCAUUAUUCAUUUUUAAUACCGAUGCCGAUGUUGUCAGUUCAUCUUUUGAGGACAAUGACCUAGAUUGUGGUGGGGAUCUCGACAUUCUUACUGCACUCCCACUAGACUCUCACUACAAAUUCAGUCUUUCAGAUGAUCAACUUCUAUGUAGACCCUGGCCUUGCUCAAACCUCAAUGCACACGUCACUUGA